GUUAGACAGAAGUGAGAGCUAGCACACAGUUCGGUAACGGAGGGAAGAAGGUCAUGACUAACCGGAGUUCCAGAUCGGAUUUGGAAUAACGGUAUAUUUUAGAAUAUAUUUUUUCCUGAUUGAUAGACGAUGAGAAUAUGUCAAAAUGACAAUACAAGUUUCAUUUCCAUGAAUCAACACCAGCAUCCAACAUCAAAGUGACGUCUAAAAGUAUAAGAAGAGUGUAGGCAAUGAGUGCGAUAUAGUAUUGUAGACUUACUUUUUAAUUGUCUCAUUUGGUUUAUCCUAAACAAAUCACACAGGACAGAAGUGUUCUUUCAAGGACUUAACGUAUAAAACCAUAAUGACGAAGACCUUCCACAUCUAUUUGCCAUUGGUCCUCUCGGCGGGAUAUCUUCUCUUGGUUACUGGACAAGCGGACGAUCAUAACCGACAAGCAGCUCCUCAAAACACGCAUCCUGAACUCCCUUCUGCCACACAAAAACAAGGACUUAUCAGGAGAGAAGAUAGUCCCAUUGAGUACAAUGUCUCCUUUCCCAGGCGCACACGGCCCUUACCCCCCAUGUGUUCUGGACCCACAGAAAUCAGAGACACAUUUAAAUAUAUCAACACUGUGGUGUCGUGUUUGGUGUUUGUAGUCGGAAUCAUCGGUAACUCCACGCUACUUCGUAUUAUUUAUAAGAACAAAUGCAUGCGUAACGGCCCUAAUAUUUUAAUCGCCAGUCUGGCGCUUGGAGACCUGCUUCAUAUCAUCAUUGAUAUUCCUAUCAACGUUUACAAGCUGCUGGCUGAGGACUGGCCUUUCGGUGUGGGUCUGUGCAAACUGGUGCCGUUUGUUCAGAAAGCCUCAGUUGGAAUCACAGUCCUGAGUCUGUGUGCUCUCAGCAUUGACAGGUACCGUGCAGUGGCCUCGUGGAACCGUAUCAAGGGUAUCGGUGUUCCCAAGUGGACCGCUAUCGAGAUCACCCUCAUCUGGCUGCUCUCCAUCCUGCUGGCUGUCCCUGAGGCGGUGGCCUUCGACAUGAUCACCAUGGACUACAAAGGAGAGCACCUCAGGAUCUGUCUUCUGCACCCCAUGCAGACAUCCACCUUCAUGAGGUUCUAUAAGUCUGCCAAGGACUGGUGGCUGUUCAGCGUGUACUUCUGUCUGCCGCUGGCCUGCACCGCUGUCUUCUACACCCUGAUGACCUGCGAGAUGCUGAGGAAGAAGAACGGCGUCCAGAUCGCUCUCAGUGACCACCUCAAACAGCGGAGGGAAGUGGCCAAGACAGUGUUCUGCCUGGUCCUGGUGUUUGCCCUGUGCUGGCUGCCUCUUCAUCUGAGCCGCAUCCUAAAGCUCACAAUCUACGAUGAGAAGGACCCCAACCGCUGUGAGCUGCUCAGUUUUUUCCUGGUUCUGGACUACAUAGGCAUCAAUAUGGCAUCACUUAACUCCUGUAUCAACCCUAUCGCUCUCUACAUGGUCAGCAAGCGGUUCAAAAGCUGCUUCAGGUCAUGUCUGUGUUGCUGGUGUCUACCAGCGGAGAUGCUGAUGGAUGACAAGCAGUCAUGUAUGAAGCUCAAAGUCACCGAACGAGCCUCUGACCAGAGCAACUCCCGCGUAACCAACAAGUACACCACAGCAUGAGCAUGCUUUUAAGUGCAAGUGCCUUUAACUGGGGAUCAGAUAAUCCUGAUCCAGGCCUGUUUAGUGAAGAGUAUCCUUGUUAUGUGGAGAGAAGUGCACUAAGAAGGAAGUGUUAUGAGACGCUCUGAGGGACUGAUUCAGGAGCAUGUUAAGCCAGAGCCACCGGCAGAUGAAAAAUGCCCUUAUUGACAGAGGCACACACGUGUACAUAGACUGUCGUUUCCCCUAAAACUGGGUCUGGGUUAUUUGUUGGAGGGGGUUUAGAGUUGUAGAAUUAUCAGAGAAGGAAGAAAGUCUGUGUUAUUUGUUUACUACUAGGUGUGGCUAGCUAGGUCUGGGAAAAUUGUUGAGAAAUGACUUAUGAAAACUCAGAAUGUGUGUGUCGUCAGCCAAAAACAAAGAGGCUGGGGUUGAGUGAAAAAUCUUGGGUGGAUUGGGAAUGUUAGUGUUGAAAGAAUGUCUGCUGUAUAUUUUGUUGCAUGAUAUUUUUUGUUUAACAUGUAUCUGGUAUAUUAUAGCAAUUUUAUUAAUAGUUACCCAGGUUUUCAUUUGUUUAGUUUAUUGUUUAUUCCAGUAAGUAAUAGUAGCAUUUGGCAUAUUAUUCUGUGAGUGGAUGUUUUCAUACUAUAAAUGUUUGCUUUUGAUGCUGAAUGGUC